GCCAGGAUGCUGCAGUCAGACCAGGGGAAGGUCUCUGCUCUGCCACAAGCAGGCCAAUGUCACAAGCGUGACAGAGAGGGCAGGCUGCGAGGGGAAUGAGGACAGACGCUCAUAGAUAGGAGGCAUACCCAGCCUGUGAGCACAUGUGAUAGAGAGCUUCUGCCUUGUUUUCUUACAGAGGAAUACAAAGUAUAAAGAUGGCAGAUACUUCUCUGCAUGUUGCUUUUGUUGGAAUUGUUUCGCUGCAACAGUCAGAGGAUAUUUGUAAUUGAGUCUGUGAUAAUACAGGUCUUGAUCCCAACGAUCAUAUCAUACGUGGAUUCACAUGGGCUUGCUUCAUGCCUCACUCCAACAGACCAGCCUUUGACAGGCAUCAGACAAGCUGCACCUUGUGUGAUAAAAUGCUAUUUGUGUUGUGUUAUUGCAUAUGUCCCUGGCGUGGUCUAAGAAGCCUAGGGGUUGGAGGCUAGAGCAACGGGUCAAAAAGUCCAGAGACUGAGGUCAGCUGCUAUUCAACUGUGUCUUAUUUUAACCAGGUUAUGUGGCAGGAGUGCAGGGGAGAAGCCGGGGCUAAGUGAAAAUGCCAUUCAUUCCUGAAGAGUCCCUGGCCUCGUCAAGGUCCCCCGUGUGAGAUCUGCAAAGCCAAAAGGCGCCACUGACAGAACCACAGCCAGGCCCUGGACAGACAUCCCAAACAUCCACAGUCACGGAAUGUGUCAACAUCUAUGUGGUGAAAUCACGCUGACUUCUCACUUGCUACUCACAUAAGCCUGGAGCUGGGCCUUCUGGGAUCUUACGGUGUUUAAAGGCAUACAGCAAUGCCUGGGAGGCCCACCUGCCCCAGAUUGCCUCAAAAUAUGGCUGCUGUUUUGUCACAGUGCUGACUGUGCCCACUACGGAGAGGGAUCACAUCCGGCCAGUGCAUCCUUCAGCCCCCUGCAGACUCACUGUGUGCAAUUUCCUGCCCUCUUUUUGUUAUUUAGGAAGUACAUGCCACUGUCAACCAGAUGACCUAGUGGACAUUUGUUUCCCAGUAGCCGUGCUUAACCAUACAAGGGGAUCUUAGUAUUGAACAUGACUCAUGGGGAGGAGCCUGGCCCUGAGACACACAAGGAUUCAGCUGUUCUAACUUAUCUGGAAGGUUUACUGAUGCAUCCAGUGGUGGCCGGGCCUGGGGCCACGGCAAGCGGGAGGUCUGAGGCUGCCCACAGCAACCAGGAGCAGGGUGACAAGGUUGUCGGGCCCUACCAACUGCCCAACCAUGGCCCCACAGCUCCAAAGGCUGGAACCAACGGGCCCACACUAGGUUCUUCACAGCACCUGAAAAAGGCCCGCCUACUGCGCUCUGGAGCCUGGAAUGAUCCGGGGAACCAGCGGAUGAGUUCCCCCCCAGUGGAACUGAAUGGCCAAGGGGGAGCCCUGCAGAAUGGAGCGCUAGAGGGAUCUCCUCAUGCUGGGGAGAGCACACUGUUGGCUUCACUGCUUCAGUCAUUCAGCUCACGGCUUCAGAGUGUGGCAAUGUCUCAGCACUCUAAUAAGCCCCCCAGUGAGUGCUCCUCUCCAUCCAAGGCACCACCUGCAGACAAAGACCCACUUCCUGUGUAUGGGACAGCCUCAAACCGCUUGAAGGGCCUAAUGAGGAAAAGCAAACUUCAAAACCACAGCAACACACCUUACAGUCGACGGGGACACAAUCAGGACAGGCCCCCAGAAUCACCUCGGUCAGCACAUAGCGCCACACCUCCCUCUGCUCCAACAGCUGCUGAAUCAGUAUCCUGUGCGGAGCGUCUGAAGGCGGUGGCCAACAUGGUUAAAAUCCGUUCUAGUCCAGCACCUUCACCCAAGCCCAGUGUGGCCUGCAGUCAACUGGCACUGCUGCUGUCCAGUGAAGCCCAUCUCCAGCAGUACUCCAGAGAGCAUGCGCUCAAAGCUCAACUCUCAGGAAGAUCUGCCAGCGAGAGACUAGCUGCCAUGGCAAACCAGCAGCAUGGCCAGGACAAAAGGCCACCGAGUGUGGGAGGGACUCUGCCUGGAGCCCAAGACACCCUAAGCUCCUUAACAACCCAAAAUGGAAUGACAGCAACAAACACAAUAACAACAACACUCUCUCGGACAGCCCUGACGAGUCCACAGAGCCCCUCUUUGCUGCGUGGCCACAGCCAAAGCUCCCCAGCAACUCCCCCACAUGCUCCAAGCCACACUCACAGCCAACCACCUAGGGAGAAGCGAGGCUUUGACUCACGUCCAACCCGUCCCCCCCAGACCUGCAGCAGCUUGCUGCUCUUGCUACUAAACAACCACAACAACCAGAAGCAACUGACCAAGAAUGGGCACCUGGAGGAUAGCUGUGGCAUUAUGCCACCAAGCGGAUCCUCUUCAGUCACAUCGGACAGUGAGUGCUCCACCCAGGAGAGGAGCCUGACCAAGGACAGCAGUGAUGCAGAGAGUUCCUACUCGAGUUGCUCUCCCAUUGACCUCUCCAUGAGAAGACGGGCCAACACACAAGACACAGGGCCCAAAACUACAACCCCCUCUUCCUCUUUUUCCUCAUUAUCCUCUUCCACCUCUACCCUCUCUUCUUCGACCACAGUGUUUUCCUCCACCCCAGUUGCAUUCUCUCCACCAGCUUCAGCUCAACCCUCCACCACAACCUUUUCACCAUCCUCUACCAUUGUCUCCUCUGUUUCCAAUGCUAUUUCUUCAUCUUCUUCCUCCUCUAUCUCUACCUCCUCCCUGGACAAACUAACAGAAUCUUUAAUAAAUAAGUGGAAGCCAGAGCCAUCAGGAUCAAAGUUGUCCAAGAACACGGAGUCUGAAAUGAGCCCAGACCUAAAAUCCCACCCUAAGGUGACACUUAUGCAGCUUCUUCUGGAGCGCAGAAAUAAUGAGAUGGUUAAUAAAAGCAUAGGUAACCAAGAUUUGCCACUUGAUAUAACAAUGGCCAACAUGUCUCGAAGCCAACCAAAGGGAUUGGUACCCUGGGAGGGGACCAGGACAAAAAGCCCCACAGAUAGGCCUGUAGCCCCAGCCCAGCCCCUGUACUCACUUAGUCGUGACCCUAGCGGUGCACUAUCCCCAUACUCCUACCCCUCCCCCCACGUCCAGUCCAGCCCAUUGGACUUGUGUAAAUCUAAAACCUUUCCUGCUGAGAAGGCUUCAGAGCCUGCCUUCAGUGCCAGUAAACUGUUGCAGAAUUUGGCUCAGUGUGGCACAGCUUCAUCCUCCCCACCCAUCCCCUCCAGCAAAGGGCUGGGCCAGGAGCUUGAUGCCAGCAGGCCCCUUGCCCUAUUGGAAAGGCUCAAUGCUCCAAUCCACAGGACCACCACCACUCCACUCUCGGACAGACCCUCAGGCAGUGGCACACCUUUCAGUCGGAAGGAAGCUUCUCCUCCUUCAUCACAGAUUGAGAACCUUCUAGAGAGGCGCACAGUGCUGCAGCUCCUUCUAGGAACAGGCUCAGCUACUGCUACAGUCAGCCGCAAAGAUAAGUCCAGUGGUAGGAGGAGUGUGGAGGUGGCAGGGGCAUGCUAUGAGAAGAGCCCUGGUGCUUCCAACAUCUGUGACACUUUCAAUGGGCCCCCUUUGGACAUAAAGGUCAAAACAGAGAUCACAGAGGGGAUGGGGUCGUCCUCUGCCAUGUCUGAGGACUUGAGUGGCAGAAAAAGACCUAGUGGCUAUGAGAAGAAUAGCCCCCUGUCAGAUUCUCAGCAGGACUUAAAAACAGAACCACAGCCUGCAGAGGUCAUAGCAAAAUAUGGCCUCCUCAGCCAGCUGCUUAAACAACAGACUGCUACCUACUAUACCAGUGCUGCUAUGCAGGCUGAGUCACAACCCCGGCAGGUUAAAGAGGAACAGAGGGACUACCCAAGCCCCAGUCCUAAGAAGAGACGCCUCUGCUCUGAUCAGAAUGAUAGUUUGAAUAAUACCAGCUCUCCAAGAGCAGUGGACAGUGGUGACACAAACAUUUUUGCCAAUUCUGUUGUUCAGGAAGAGCCUGACCAGCAAAGGAGUCUGAAGGAAGAGGACGCUCCAUCCAGGAGCCCACCAAGUGAGACACUCACCAGAGAGAGUCGGGGCUUCAAUGUGCUUAAACAGCUGCUGCUCUCUGACAACUGCCUGAAGGAGCUGUCCCAGCAGCCCCGGGGAGCACCUAGUCCUUCCGUCCUACAGGCCAAUGGCAAGGCCAACGGCAGCAUUCUCAGUCAGCCUGCCCAUAAUCACAGCUUCCACCACCUGCCUAGCUGGCACCCCCAUGGUUCCCUCAACUCAGGGCUUCAGAGUACUCUCAGACCGCUGCCCACCCCCCCUACAGGUGCCAGCCCUAUCCGCACCGCCUGGAGCCGCCAUCCAGUUACAUGGCCUGUCACUCAAAAACGGGACCCCCCUACUCUAGUCAAACAGGAGCCUGAGAGCCCUGUGCGAUGGACUGGUCAGGAGAAUGAGGAGGAGGACGAGGGGGGUGACUCAAACCCGGACUCUCCCCGGCUCUCACGUUCCAACCCCAUCCUGUAUUACAUGUUGCAGAAGGGCAGCAUUCAGUUGAGGAAGGACGUGAGGGAUCAGGCAGAGGGGACCCAGUCUGUGGUUAGAGUUAAAGAAGAGCCAAUCAGUGAAAUGCAUGCCUAUGAACACAGUCUGAGCUCCACCCCACAGUCACCAACCCACAAUGACAAGCACAGCCAUGAGAGCCAGGGGCUGAGCCAAUCAUCUGAGUAGAAGUUGUAUCAACUACAGAAAAACAACAAGCUGAAAUCGAAUUCAUUGAUUAUGUUUUUGUCUUUUUAAUGACUUGCCAAAUUGGUUUGAUGAGACAAAUAACAUAGAAUGCAAAAAUGAGUUUGUUUGUUUGUUUGUUUGUUUUUUUUGUUUUUUUUCAGUGAAAUAGAGCAAGUUCAGAUUCAAAUACUUGCAUUGCUUUCAAAAUUUUCAGCAGUGAGGUCAUGGAAUGGUACAAAACAGGUCUACCUUACAAAAUGUCUAAUUGAUAAAAACAAAAGUACACAACUGUCUCAAAUUUAACCUUUACCAUCAGUGCUUAUCAUGCAACACAUACUUAAUUUUGUCAGUUAUGAAUUCCUCCUUUACAAUUUGGUAUUGUUUCACACUUAUUAUUUGUACAAUUUGGUCUUGUUUUAUACUUAUUACUUGUAUCUGAAUUGCACACAUAUCACUAUUCCAUGUCCUCUUUGUUGCCUGCCCUAAAACAUUUAGAGAGAACAUUUCAAGCGACAUUGAUUAUUAAUGUCUCCAAAAAUGUUAUUGCUCAGUUCAGUGGACAUUUAUUUAUUUUCUCCAUCAGAAAAUUUUCAGAUGGACAGAAUCCCAUCAAUUUUAGAUAAGAUUCCAAAUAAAGUCAUUCUAGAGCAGUCACAGCAGUCUACUACAACAAUGUACAUGAUACAUUCAUGUGAAGGAGGACAUUGAAAACAAUAUCCACACUGCAGUAGCUUUGGUGAAGAUCCUACCAUGAUGAAUGCUCUGUCUUGCUUUUCCAUGGUGUGGUAUAAUUACCAAUGAAACAAGAAUAUAUCAGCGGAAGUUUGAAUAGUCACAACUCAUUGUAUUUUGCUUUUAUUCCAAUUGAAUUUUUAAGGCCAAUAUUCGACAGUGCAAAUUCAGGAUAAUGUGUUUGCAGAAUGUGCAGUUUUGAGCAGAUGGGUCAACAGAGAGUGUGUGGUGCUUACAGUUGAGCAACUGUGUGUAAACAGGUUUCUAGAGCAACAGUUAAAAGGCUGCAGUGUCAGAAACUUAUCUUACCAUCCUGGGUAAACCCACACCAAUUUUUUUCAUGCACACAAAAAUAUUGAGUGUGAAGCACAUGGCUUUUUCUUUUCAUUUCAUAUAAAGGAGCACCCAGAGGUUGCACUAUCAAAGCUGAGUUCUCUGUGUCCUUUUCAGAACAAUUUAAUGGCAUGUAAUAAAAAAAAUGUCAGUAUUGUUAUCUGUUGAGAAUUUGACAGUUUGUGAUUUUUUUUUUUUUUUUUUUUUUUUUUUUUUUUUUACAUCAUUUCUUAACUGUUGUGGUUUAUGGACAUCUUUUAUCUUUGUGGCAGUCUCUUAACCCAUAAAACGUCAAAAGAAUUGCAUGAUAAUAAAGAGAAGACCACAGGUACAUCUUUGUUUUCAAAGCAGCUGGAUAUGUGUACCUGCCCCCCAAUAAUCACCAAGACAUUUUGGUGUCUUGAGGGAUAUCUGGUAUCUAGCUCCUUAUUUUGAUUGUACUGUAUUCUUUUCAGUUAUUUUCACACACUGCUUUAUCCAUUUAGUCUUGUGAUCUUUUAAUACACAUACCUAUGAAGUACGUCUCUUCAAUUAUUAAUACAUUUUCACAACGGUUAAAUAUAUUUGUGUAAAUAGUACUUUCAGUAUGAAAGAUGACUAUUUUGUAAUGUUUAAGAAAAGAUAUUACCCUAGUUUUUAAUGCCCUGAUAUGUAAAUAUGAAUUAUAUGCGUACAAGUGUACAUACAAAGGCAGAGGAUGCUAUGCCCAUCUUUUUUUGGUUGGUUUGCUCUUUGCAUGUAUCUCUAUGUGGUAAAUGAUAAUCUAUCCUGCGCUGUGUUGUGUAAUAAUGUCUGACUCUCCUCACUGCUGCCUGUUGCAUGCAGACGCAUGGGAACUACCUGUGUAUCCCUACUGGUGAUGGGGGAAAAUGUCAAGUCUUAAAAUAGGUCUUUUUUAUCACAGAGAGAGGUUCGUUUAGAAUAUGAACAGUCUCUAAAUAACCACAGACUGUUGAGCAAGUUGAUAAAAAUGUGUGAAAAAUAAACGUGCAUUGAAUAUUUUUGUGAUUUUCUUUUCUGUUACUGGUUAACAAAGCUCUGUUGAAGAGCUUGGGGCUAUAGUGGGGGAUUGACGUACAAUCAUAGAUCUGCAUUGUGCAUCUAAGAAAAACAUUUGUAGCAGCAAAUAUAAAAAAAGAUGUUUCAUUUUUUCAUGUGAAGACCUGAAACAUUGUUUCAUUUUUUAUGUUUUCAUUUUUGGUGUUCAUUUGCACUGAUAUCUCAAAAAUAAAGUACUAA